UUUACAGGGGGGUGCGCCGUUGCUAGGGUGACCGGACAAACGUCCUGCAGCAGCAGGUAUUAAACUGGCCCCGGAGCUCCUGCUGCCCCGGAGACCUUGAGCUGAGACGCGCAGAGACGCACAUUCUCCAGCAGCUGCACCUCUGGAAGUCAAACACACUUAAUCGGAUACACUUUUCCUUUCUCGAGUUAUUGGAUGUUAUUUCCCUGUCACUCAAGGCUCCUAUCGGUACAGACAGGAUUUGGCUGGGAAAGGAGCAUGCUGUCAUUGAGUUACACGGACGACCCCUGGCCCGAGGGUUCGGUGGGGCUGGAGGAGGAGGUGGUCACGGCCGCCGCUCAGGCCGAGUGCUUGGACAGCAGUUCAGUCGAGUGCAACAGCGCCGAAAACCUGGACGACAGCCUGACCAGCCUCCAGUGGCUCCAGGAGUUCUCCAUCCUCAACGCCAGCUCGUCCCAGUCCACCCACCCGCACGGCCACUUCUUCGGGAGCCGAGUGGGCUCGGAUGCGCCCGCGUCUCCUUUAGCGGGAGACCCGGCGUCCAUGGGCAUGCCUCUGACUCCCGGCAAACCCACGGCGGCGUCUUUCUACAGGGUGCCGUCCUUGUCGGCUCUGCCCAGCCUGGUGGCCCACGGACACUGUCCGGAUGACGUCGAUUAUAAGACCAACCCUCACAUCAAGCCUCCGUACUCUUACGCAACUCUCAUCUGCAUGGCCAUGCAGGCCAGCAAGAAAACUAAAAUCACACUCUCGUGCAUCUACAAUUGGAUCACGGACAACUUCUGCUACUUCCGCCACGCUGACCCCACUUGGCAGAAUUCCAUCCGCCACAAUCUGUCGCUGAACAAAUGCUUCAUAAAAGUCCCGAGACAAAAGGAUGAGCCGGGCAAAGGUGGGUUCUGGAAGAUCGACCCCCAGUACGCAGAGCACCUCCUCAGCGGGGCCUACAAGAAGCGCAGGAUGCCUCCUGUGCAAAUCAACCCGGCUCUCCAGAACCGCCUCAGGAUGAACUCCCACCCCGGACAAGCGGCAGCCACCGCAGGGAUGGCGAGGAGCCUUUGCGUGAGUCCUGAGUCCCAGCAGCUCCUGAAAGAGUUCGAGGAAGCCACGGGAGCAGAUCAGAACUGGGACCCUCGUUUGACUGAAGCCACCAUGUUGAGUUGUUGGGUUUCAGGGAAGGGCGCAAAGAGGAAACAAGCGUACAGCCACAGGAUUGGUGGGAGCAAAGCUACUCGACGCUCAAGCUCCCCGCUUCUGGCCAUGGAUGAGCAGGAGGACUUGAGCUCCCUAAAGGGCAACUUUGACUGGGACGCCCUCCUGGACUCGGCCCUGAACGGAGAGCUGAGCUUGAACGAAGGGGGUCCGUUGAGCCCCAUUCCACGAGACGAGGACUUGAUGGUUAGGGGCACCCACAUCAGCCCCCUCGAAGCCGCUCCUGGAGGGGUCGUGGAGAGCCACGUGUUGAUGGAAACCCAGAGGAGCAGAGAUGUAGACUUUGAUGAGGAAACUUUCCUGGCCACGGCAUUCCUGCAGAGUCCCUGGUCGGAGGCGGACGAGGGCAACCGUCCGGAUUUCCUCUGUAGCUCAACGGUCAGCAUCGAUCAACUCUUUGACCUGGGAGACUCUCUCGGAGGGGACUUAAGCAGUAAGAUCGAGUCUCUCCUUUGAAGAGACGCUUGAGUUACUUCCAUUCGGUCCUUUGGAGACACAAACAAGUCAGCGAACAAAGAGGGUUUGGACUGUUUAGACCCCAAAGAUUUCAUUCUGGAUUCCGUGAACUCCACGCGAAGAUGUAUUUUUAAAAAGCGUAUCUAUUUCUAAUACUGAUUUUUAUGAUUAUGUUUUGUUUUUUUGUAUUUGACACGUUAUCUACCUGCAUUAAAGUCAACCUAAUCAAAUUCCUUAGCGAGUCCUCAAAUCAGUGAGGUGACUGAACGCCAACCAUGAACGGACAGCACUGGAAGGUAGAGAUGCGCAAAGGUUGUUGUUUACAAAAGAAAGAGUUUCAUUUAAGAAAUGAACAUACGGCGUCAUAUUCAAGCAAAUUCUGUAAGAUGUACAUCAUCAAAUGUGCAACAGUGAGUUGUUUAGAGCAGUCGUUCUCAGGGAUACACAUAUUUUGGAUGUCCCACCUGAUUUAUAUCAUCAUCAUCAUCAUCUCUCUGGCAGAGACUCCAAGACCUGAGCUGGAUGUGUGCCGGAUCACUGACCACUGGUUUAUAAUCUUUCGGCUGAAAUGGAUUUGUUUAGGUUUAUAGUCAACAAAUGAGCUGUUGUAGUGAAACUGUCAUUUCAUGAAUGGGAUUUAGGAUUAUUUCGGUAGGUAUAACGUAUGUGCCAAACGUUCUCUUUUGCAACUGAUCUCUAGCUCUGUAGUCCACAGUACAUGCACAUCUAACCACUUUCAUGCACAUAUUGCGUUUAAGAGUGUUACGCUGACGUCAUACAAAUAAUAUUUUACACCAAGACUACUUUUAUCUUCUUAUUUAGAUUGUUAGUACUAAGGAAAUUUAAAUGGGAUGAGUUAAUCGCUUGGGAAGACAUGUCAUUAAAGCAAAUAAUAAAAAGGCUCUCAUAUACCAAA